UCUUUUGAUGUACAUUGGGCUUCCACAUCUCCACCUCAUCUCUCCCCAAAUUUAUUCUCGAGAUGCAAAAUGCUUAUUACUACUACUAUCAUUUUACUAUUCAAUUGAAUCAUCCUCCUCCUUUAAUAAAUCCAUUAUCAACACCUUGUCUCAAACCAAUCUCUCUCUCUCUCUGGACAUUACUAUUACUAGAAACCAAGUCUCCCACUUCUGAAAUUCUCCUUUUCAAAAGUCCACCUGCACUAACCACUCAAUUUCAAACUCAUUCAAAUUCCUCCCCCUUCAAUUCUCCCACUAUUAAUCACGACAAUGACGGCCGAGAAGGCUCCGCCGGCGCUGCUGCAUGAGCUGCUGAAAGAGGAGCAAGAGCCCUUCCAUCUCAAAACCUACAUUGCCAACAAACAAUCCCAAAUCAAAGCCCUCCAGCUCCGCAAGCCCCGCCCAGGCCCAGCAACAAACAGCCUCCGCAAACACGCCUGCUUCCUCUCCUUAACCGCCUCUCCCCUCAAGAGCCCCUGCAAGUCCCCCGUCUUCCUCCACUUCCCCUCCCUCACCCACGCCGCUCUCCGCAUCCAAAAACAACCGCCCCGCUCCCGCUUCUCCUUCCUCUCCUCCUUCCUUAAACGCCUCAAGAACCGCAGCCGCGCCAUUACUAAAUCCACUCCACCAAAUCAUACCGAAGAAGAAGAACAUAAGUCUUUAAAUUUCGAGGCGUCGACCAGCAGCCGCGUUUCUGACGAGAUUUGCGGCGAGUUUUGUCUCAACGACGACGACUCGUGUUUCUGCACCAGUCCCUUUCGAUUCUCUCUUCACCACAGCCCCUCCUCCACCGGCCGCCUCACGCCCGAGUUUUCCUCGCCGCCGGCCUCGCCCCGCCGCCGCGCAAAGCAACAGGCGAAGGAAAAUUCAGAUAAUGUGCAAGGAGACGAGGGGGAAGAGAAGGAGCAAUGCAGUCCGGUAUCGGUGUUGGAUCCUCCAUUUGAUGAGGACGAUGUGUGUGAAAGCGGUCGUGCAGACGAGGAGGAAGAAGAAGAUGAAUAUGAAGACGAAGAAGAGUAUGAUAUGGAUUGCAGCUAUGAGAAUGUACAGAGGGCCAAACAGAAGCUUAUGCACAGGCUAAGGAGAUUUGAAUUACUCGCGGAAUUAGACCCUGUUGAGCUCGAGAAGAAGCUGCAGGUCGAAGGAUCAGAUGACGAAGGCCAUGUGGAACGAGAUGGGGAUGAAUCAUUUUCACCCUACAGACAGCAGCACGGUGCGGAGCCAUUGUCAGCUGACAUGAAGAGGCUCGUGUCGGAUCUCAUAGUCGAGGAGAAGAGGCAUAUGGAUCAGUCGGGAGGCAGUGAAGUCAUGAUGGGGCGAAUCUGCAACCGAUUGGAUUCAUGGAAGGCGGUCGAGUUUGACACCGUAGAUAUGAUGAUAGGAUUGGAUUUCAAGAAAGAAGUAGAUGGAUGGAGUAAGCAUGGGGAGCAAGUUCAGGAAACAACAGCAGAAAUUGAGGUUGCAAUCUAUUUGCUUCUAAUUCAAGAAUUGACAGAGGAAUUGUUGAUCUCAUGAUUUUGAUUAUCAUAGGAUUAGUUGUCUCAAUCUGAUCCGAGGAGUUAGUUAGAUUGUAGUGCAUGUAAUGUGUAAGCUAAAUUAUUGAGUAUUUUGGAGACAUGAUAAUUCAACACAUAUCUUAAUUUUGUUUUA